AUGACAGAUCGAUACAACUUUCGACGUAGUACUCUCGUUCAGCAACUACCGCCCCAAGGACCUGGAGGAUCACCAAAUGAUCCAACCCCACGCAUAAAGCUCAAGAUAGAAGACCUAGAUCUCGAUACAUCCUACGCUCCAUUUUUUGUGCCAUCUGCGCGACCAAAAAGGCCAAAGAAAAGCAGACCAUGGGCCAAAUGGAAAGCACCCGGGCCCCUUACCGACCCAGCUAAACUUCCUAACGGCUGGCAUAUGAAUGAGGACGAUAUUGAAAUUGACGAUGUCGAUGGCCAGAUCGAAAGAUGCCAUGAGAGAAUUGCUGAAAACAUCAUGCCCCAUGUUUUUGAGCAAAGGUUGGAGGAGUAUACAGCUGCGAAGGCCGAAAAUGAGCAGAUGAGGUUUCUGGGGUCUGAGCAGCUCAGCUGGGAUGCCAUUCAACGGUUGCAUCAAUUGGAGGAUAUGAGGAUAGAUCUGGAGAGUACCGAGGAUGAAUACGAGCAGCUUCCAAACAUCGAGGCUCUUAUAGAAGCAUAUCAAUCGGGUCAGCUUUAUUGGAAUACCGGUCUUGUUACAUACUGGUCGAAGGGAGUCCAGAUUUCUCAACCAAGACCAUUUGACUGGGAUGAAUUUGAAGCUAUUAAUUCCCACCACGAGGGUUACAAAGGAUUUUGGACGGAAGGGGUCUGCGGCCCUGAAAAAGACAGCUCCUUUGCAUCGGCCACGAUACUUCCAGAUCCACACCGUCCAAGAAUGACUGGCUUGACAUUAGCACUCCGUCUUCCAGGCAUACCGUGGUUUGCCGAGUUGGGCUUUAUCCACGAUACUGGGUGCAGUAGGAUGUCCAUUUAUCAAGGAGAUCUUAAAAUGCUUCUUGGUCCUUUUGGCACGACCUUUGGGCCAAGCGUACCGGUUGUCACCAUGUCAAUCUCUGAUACUUGUAAUGGCGUUAUAAGAAGGCAAGUGAUUGAAAUAGAAGUCACAAUCCUUGAUGCAAAUCGUCAAAGAAUGACCCCUUGGACUCGAACCUUGUGCGGUCUCAAUCCAGGAGGCUGGACAACCAAUACCACCCCCCGACUAGAUGGCCCAAUUUUGAAAGAUUUGUUAUAUAUGGCAAGCGUACCUGAUGGCACCCGUCGUGUAUUUAUCUCAAGCUCGAGAUAUGAACUUGGCCUGCCAGACCUGGACCUCGUUGCCAACCCGCCACAGCACCGUGCAACAGCGCCCUAUCCUGUGCCACCAGGAACCUUCGCCACUACACAUGGUGGUUGGUUCCCUGUGGCGGGAGGGGCAAUGGCGAUGCCGCGACCAGCAGCUGGAGUUCCUUGA